AUGGAGUUUGGUGAUAGUAUUGUCAAUUUUAAUAUCUUUGAUGCUAUGAAAUAUCCUAGGGAAGAGCAUCCUGUUUUCUGCAUUGAUGUGAUUGAUGAGGUUGUUGAUGACGUUUCUACUGAAUUAAUUGUUGAUUAUCCAGAUUUUUCAUCUUAUCAUGACAUUGUUGCGUUGAAGUUUCUUUUGAAAAAGGCAGAUGCUAAGCCUAGGGUCAUUCCGUGGAUGUUGCUGCUCCAAGAAUUUGACAUUGAAAUUAAAGAUAGGAGUGGAGUAGAGAACUUGGUAGCUGAUCACUUGAGCUGCAUCACUCACCUUCCAUCAAACCCUGCCCCCAUUCAGGAUGACUUUCCUGAUGAACAGCUUUUACAGCUGCAAGCUCAGAUUCUGAAAUUAAAAAGUGAGUCUAAAUACUAUGUCUGGGAUGAUCCUUAUUUGUGGAGAUUUUGCAAUGACCAAGUAAUUAGGAUAUAUGUACCACCUGAUAUUGAGUUUCAAUCUGUUUUGCAAUUUUGUGAUGCUUCUGCUUGUGGUGGUCACUUUGGACCCCAAAGAACUGCUAGGAAAGUGUUAGACUCUGGUUUAUCUUGGCCUUCUUUAUCCCAUGAUGCAUAUCUGUUUUCUGUUGAGUAUGUAUCCAAUUGGGUUGAGGCAAAAGCUACCAGGACUGAUGACUCUGCUAUGGUUGUAGAUUUUGUCAAAUCUAACAUUUUCUAUAGGUUUGGCAUCCCUAAAGCUAUCAUCAGUGACCAGGUUGAACUAUGUGACAAACAAACUGGGAAGACCUUCACUGUGAAUGGAGAUCGCCUCAAGCUUUUUCAUGAGGGACCCCAGCAGCAGCUUGUGGAGGCAGAGAUCAGACUCACUUAUGCCCCUUAUCCUGCCUAA